AAAUGUAGGAGAAUAUCCAGGGGUAUGAAACUCUUCAACCGGAGAAACUUCGUUAUGCUCUGAAGAUGGAUCCAAAUUUUUGGGAUUUUCUUGUUCGUCGGGGAAAAGUAAUGCGAGCUCUUCAUUGGCUGAAGGCAAACAAUAAAUUCUAUCGUGAUAUCGAUAUUGAUGAUGAAUAUUACAAACUUUACCUGAAAAUGGUUCGAUUGCGGAAAACUUCCACAAUUCACGGAUAAUAGAACUAAUAGUUCUGAAGAAGAACCGGACGAUGAAGAUGAGAACGAAAAUGAUGAAAACUCUUUCAACUCACAAACAUUUGUUCCUUCAUUACCCACAGACUUAAUGAAGACAGGGCAAUUAAUGAAAUUCUCAAUUGAGCGCAACAAGAUCAUGAGAGAAUUGACUGGCCGA